AUGCUACACCUUCCGGUAGAUCUGUACGUUUGUUGUCGAGUGCUCGUCGAGAUACGGCCUGUCGCGUUGAAGGCGCUUUACAGCUCGGCUAACAUGCCGAGGCUCGAGAAGCUGUGCAAGGCAUGGAAUGUUCAGCUCGACUUCCCGCCCGGCGGCGCCCAACCGGUGCAACAUCUCCAGUUCAGCGGCAGCAUCGCGGCCAUUUUGAGGGCCAGAAAGUUUGUGAUGGGAACCCUGCCAGUGUGCCUACAGUUUGAGCAAGCGCCAGCAACCUCAGCGUUGGACUACACGGCCAUCGAAGCUUGCCACGCUGUCAGCAUCCAAGCCAAGUCGAGGCUCGGCCAGGGCGGCGAGCAGGUGAACUUCUCCAUCCGUGCCGCCGAAGAGCAAAUGAGACGAUUGCACCAUUUUCGCGAUCACUCGUUGGGCGCGGGAAUAAUUCGGAGGAGUCGACUAGGGAUGCUCCCCCUCUCACCGGAUCCGGAAAAUUCUCCCAUUGCCCAUUCACUUUUGACCGGCGCGAAGCACAUCAAUGGAGAUUCACAACUCUGGUCUGGUCAGCCCUCAGCCCGUCGUGCCUCGAGGGAGCAGAUGCUUUUCAAGGCUCAUCAAGCAAUUUCCGACACGAUCGGUACUUCCACCCGCUAUCCCACAGACCUUUGGGCCGGAUAUGGGUUCUCGAACUCGUUGCCCACUGACCUUCUGAAGGGCAUGAUCGACCUAAAAAUGGCAGCCGGAGCUGAUGGUGCGAAUGGCCAUAUGGCUCCCAGCACUUCGAUCAAAGGGCUGGCGGCGGUGAGGGAGGAAGAGGAGGACUCCUCGUUGUCGGCUUCCUCUUCCUCUCUAUCGAACACGUUCAGCACCCGCGUUUUCCAGAAGAAACAGAAACUACCAGCCUUCUCCGCUUCGACGUCCAUCUUCGAGUCUCCACUUGGUGCAUCAGAAAGUGCAUGGGAUGUCUCGCUAUUCACCGAACCGGCGAUGGUGCUCGCGCAACUUGGCCUUGGCGAGUACACGGCCAAUUUGAGAGAGCAGGAGAUCGAUAUGGACGCUUUUCUACUCCUUGAUGAGGCCGCGCUACGGGACAUCGGUGUCGCCACCGUCGGAGCGCGGAAGAAAAUCCAUCACGCCAUCCUUAAACUUCGCGAAUCCGCGAAGGCGCAGGGCUACUCGCUGCGCGCUGCAAAAUUUGGAAAAGUGAUGAGCAGCGGCUCGCCGCUAUGGAGCCUGGGGUCGAUCCGAUUGCGCGUCGCGCUCCUCAUCCUCGCCGCCCUCUCCAUCGAGGGGUUAAUGAGGAGCAACCUCAACAUGGCCAUGGUCUGCAUGUUGAACUCGACGGUGUUGGCGCAGGAGCGGGCGCAGAAGUUCAUCAUGAUCGGCAACGUGAGCCAUCAAGUUGACGACUGCCCAAUUCUGGAGAUUGGAAACCGGAAACCGAUGGAACAUCGCGGCACCUUUGACUGGAGCUCCCAGGAGCGCGCCGUCCUCUUUGCCAUGUUCUACGUUGGUGGAUUGGUGGCCGCGCUAACCACCGAACCGCUCACUAGAAGGUACGGCCCGAAAACCGUGGUGAUGUGGGGGGCGUUGGUGAACGUGGUCGGCACGUUCGCCACUCCGCCGACGGCCGCCCAUUUUGGGGCCAUCCCCCUGUUUGUCGUCCGAUUUGUCAUGGGAUUUGGGCAGGGUGUACUGUACCCGUGUAUGGCCGUGCUGGUAGCGCAUUGGUUUCCGGCUGGGGAGAAGAGCACUGCUGUGGCGAUUACAACAACUGGAAAUCAGGUGUCCGUCGUCGUUGCCCUAUUCCUGACCGCCGAACUCUGCCAGCUGCCGUGGAUGGACGGGUGGCCGUUCGCCUUCCAUCUCUACGGUGUAAUUGGCGCGUUGUUCUGCGCUUCUUGGUGGUGGGGCGUUAGUGAUCAUCCGUCCACCAAUCCCUACAUUUCGGCUGUAGAAAAGGCCCAUAUUGAUGAGGGACGGAAGAGCAAUCCGCAUACGGAGAAGCCGCGCUGGGGAGUGCUGCUGAAAUCGCCGCUAAUCUGGUCGCUGGCCGCCUGCUCGUUGUGUCAUAACUUCAUUACCGUUGGCACCGUCACCUAUUUGCCGCUCUACUACCGUACAGUGCUGAAUAUGAGCUUGACCUCGAACGGAAUCUUCUCAGCAUUGCCGUUUGUUGCGCAGUUUUUCUCGAAGGUAGCUUUCGCCUCCUUCGCCGACGAGGCCAAGAAGCGCAAAUGGAUGAGCAUCACCGCAGCCACAAAAAUUUGCAAUUCCAUGGCCUCAUUCGGCAUCGGCUUCUGCUUCCUGGGUCUCUGCUUUUUCGACUGCCAACUUCGAGGUUGGGCCAUCGCCGCGGUUUUUGGGGCCAUGAUUUUCGUGAGCGGCUACGUGCCCGGGUACAAUACAAGCGUGGUUUGCGUGGCCCCCUCGCAGACGGCGGCCAUCGCGUCGUUUACGCGGUUCUGGGGCCAGGUCGGCUCCUCGGUGGCACCGUAUAUGAUUGGAGCACUGGCAAAAACGGGUACACUGGAUGAGUGGAAACACGUCUUUGCCACCAUCGUCUUUCUCUGCUUCUCAUCCGGCAUUUUCUUCCAGAUCGUCGGCUCGGCCUCGAUUCAGGACUGGGACACUUCCGCCCAGUGCACCGAGAUGAAGCUCAUCGAGGCCAAGCCGGAACCGGAAAAGGUGGCGGAACCCCAGAAUCCGGAAGCAGUCCCACUGGAUGACCCCAAGCUACAAAGUACAACC